CGUGACCACGCCAGGAUGUUUAAAAAGGAGGCUCGCACCUGGAGGAACAAGCAGACACCGGCCAGAUCAGCAAUCGCAGCAAUGAAGGUCACACUCGCAUGCGUCGCUCUCCUGGUCGUGGUCUUGGGCCGGAGCUCCGAGGCCGUGCAGGUGGAGGAGAACGGCCUGUCCUUCUCUCUGGAGGCCGUCAAGAGGCUCCAGGAGAUGUUCGAGAGCGUCAAGACGCCGCCGCAGAACCCGCGGCUCGGGCCCGGCUCGCCGUCCAUGUGCGAGGACCCCACGCUGCCCCAGGAGCUGCUGCCCCUGUGCAAGCAGAAGGGGGCGUCGGCCUCACUCGCCAGACUCGCCGUGGUGCCGCUUGACGUCUGCGAGAUUUGCGCCUUUGCUGCCUGCACCGGCUGCUAAGCCGGAACUGCAAACAGGCUUUUUUUUUUUUUCUUUUCUUUUUUUUUUGUUGUUGCCAUUUCUGAAUGAACAACAACAACAAAAAUACCAGCAGGAGAACAGAAAUCAAAAUAAAGUUUCUAAGCGCAAGCUGUUACUGAAAAAAAAAAAAAAAAAAAAAAAGAAAAAGCCUUUGCCACCUUUUUUUUUUGUUUUUUGCCAUUGGUUUUAUAUUUGAAAUUGUAUUUGUUACAUUUCUAUCCAACCAUGCUUUGUGUACCUAUUUAAACAUUCUCUUCUAUCUUAUUGUUUGGAAUAAAAAAUGUGUGCAUUGCAAGUCACGUACACGUGUGUGUGUGUGUGUGUGUUUCAAAAGAUGAAUAAACAUGAACGAAAACGUU